CUGCUGGUAUUCAUGAAACUACCUAUAAUUCUAUCAUGAAGUGUGAUGUUGAUAUCCGUAAAGACCUUUAUGGAAAUAUUGUUCUCUCUGGUGGUACUACAAUGUAUGCCGGAAUUGCAGAUAGAAUGCAAAAAGAAAUUACAGCUUUAGCACCUUCAAGCAUGAAAAUUAAGAUUGUUGCACCACCGGAACGCAAAUACUCUGUCUGGAUUGGUGGCUCUAUCUUGGCCUCGCUCUCAACUUUCCAACAAAUGUGGAUUAGCAAACAAGAAUACGACGAAUCUGGACCAUCCAUUGUCCAUC